CUUUGAGGUGAUAGGACGUUCAAACGGAAAACCAGCAAAGAAAAGCCCCAAACGGUGGAUACAUACCAACUGAAAACAGAUUUUUUUUUUAUACAAAUGUAACAAACAUUGUUGGUGAUUAGCUAAGCUGGGAAGAAAAAAAAAUGAAAUUGCUGUCAUAUCACUUGAAAAAUUAGAAAAAGUUGAAGAAAAUUGAAAAGUUUUGUGUGAAUUUAAAGUAAAAUUUAAGAAAAUAAAGGAAAACUUUUUGUGAGAAGAAGUAAAAAAAAGUGAAAAAUUAGGAAAAAGGAACAAGAACAAGGUCCUUUGCCACUGAAAACUUUAACAAACACGAAUGGAGGCCUGGCUUUCUGGAUUUGGGCUAAAUAUGUAGUCGCUUAAAACACAUGAAUAAGACAUCUGCAAGACCAACAAUGAACUGAAUUACAGGUUUGUGUAAGCGUUCAGCGUCUCGCAACACAAAACAGCUUAGCUGAAUCAGCAGGAGAAGAGGCAGAAGUCGAAAGAGGAGCAGUGGGAAGAGCAAGAAGCUGCCGAUAUCAGCUGCAGUGUUGGAAAACAAAAGCAAUUAUGGCUGAACAGCAAAAACUUUCUUUGUGUCCACGCCUGGUGGACUACCUGGCGAUUGUGGGUGCACGUACAACGCCACCCAUACACAAAGGACUGCCGGGCAACAAAACGCCACCGGUGCAAAUUCCCGAACUUUUACGGCGCUAUCCACCUUCAGAUCAUACAGACUUUCCUCUACCCCUGGACAUGGUGUACUUUUGCCAACCGGAGGGUUGUACCACAGUGGGUCCACGACGUACCGGUUCCGCCAUACGUGACAUGACCUCAUUUGUAUUUGCUCUAACCGAUAAAGAUUCGGGUAAAACACGUUAUGGGAUUUGUGUGAAUUUCUAUCGUCCGGUGGAAAAACCACAGCCAAAUAAUGAAAAAACUCAAGGACACAGUACAACGCCAACAGCACAAAGUGGUCGAGGACGACGUAGCUCAGCUUUUCGUCGUGAGUCCUGGCGCAAAAGCAUGGAACGAAGUUCUGACUCUGCGUUUAGUAGUUACGGCCUUCUAACUUCUUCUAGCGACUACAGAAGUAACGUCGCACCCAGUGAUUCAGAUCGUGAAAUGACUUCCCGCAGAGAUUCCGAUACCCAGCAUGGACAAUACCAUGGUGGCCAAUAUAUGCAGCAACAAGUUCCCAAAUUGGGUUUGAUGGCACCCUCAGGUGAUUCUGAGUCUGGCGGCAGCCAUUCACCCUCACCACGUGCCUCACGCAAACGCACCAAAUUGCGCAAUCAAUCGUUGACGUCACUCUGCAUCAUUUCCCAUCAUCCGUUCUUUACCACCUUCCGUGAAUGUCUGUUCAUAUUGAAGAAAAUAAUCGAUGCAUGCAAUGAAUCGUCAUCGCCCAAACGUUUGGGCGCUUCACAAAAACAGAACAGAGAUAAUGUGUGGACGGUGUUGACAGGUUUGGCCAGCGAGUCGACCUCUUCGAUAAUGUUGCAUGAUGUCAAAGAGAUUGAAACGUGGAUUUUGCGGUUGUUGUCGACACCAGUACCUGUGCCGGGUUCAACGAGAGUUGAGGUUGGUAUCCUCUCACCCACAGUCCAUGAUCCUCUGCUUUUCGCCCUACCCGAUCAUACACGUUUCUCGUUGGUCGAUUUCCCGCUACAUCUACCGCUAGAAUUAUUAGGCGUAGAAACGUGUCUUAAGGUCUGGACAUUGAUUAUGCUAGAGAAUAAGGUGUUAUUUCAAUCUCGAGACUAUAAUGCACUCUCCAUGUCGGUAAUGGCCUUUGUAACGAUGCUGUAUCCUUUGGAGUAUAUGUUUCCUGUCAUACCACUGUUACCGACAUGUUUGAGCUGUGCCGAACAGUUGUUGCUGGCACCAACACCAUUUGUUAUUGGUGUGCCAGCAACAUUUUUGGUCUACAAAAAGAAUUUUCGCCUGCCCGAUGAUAUAUGGGUUGUUGAUUUGGAUUCAACAAAAUUAUCACCUCCCACUGGAGGCUAUGACGAAAUACCUCCACUGCCUGAACCAGAGGGCACAAUUUUAAAAAAUCAUUUGAAACAGGCUAUGCAACUAAUGGAUGAGGCUGGAAUUUGUGCUUUAAAUUCAAUGACCAGUGGUGCGAAUCCAGUCAUACCAACUCCUCAAAUGAUGCCAACAACAAGGGAUAGUUUAACGGAGCCCACAAUGCUGGGCAUAUCCCAAAGUCGUUUACAAUCUCCCUCGCAGUCGGCCUAUACUAGCCAAAGGAAUUCGGUCUCAACUCAAGGUGCUUUAUCACGUCAACCUAGUCCCAUGAACUCACCAGCUUUGAAUCCAUUUGUCUAUGGCACAGAUGUUGAUUCGGUGGAUGUAGCCACCAGGGUGGCCAUGGUACGUUUCUUCAACUCCCAAAAUACCUUGGCCAAUUUUGCCGAGCACACGCGUACACUACGUCUUUAUCCUAGACCCGUGGUAGCUUUCCAAAUCAACAGUUUCUUGCGAUCACGACCUAGGGCCUCACAGUUCCUGAAUAUGUUUGCCAAAACCCAGGCGGUGGAAUUUUUGGCCGAAUGGUCUUUGACGCCCACAAAUGUGGCAUUUUUGAGAGUCCAAACGGGAGUCAUGGAUCCACAGCAGGUGGGCGACAAGCCCAAGUGGUUUAGCAAUGGCUUGACGCCCAUACGCUUUGCCGUAUGGGAUGAUAACAGUUCCUUGAAUGGUGCCAUGAAAGCUCUAAAGCAAUUGGAAUCGGCCGCCACCGAUGAAAGUGGUUCUGAUUCUGAGGGUGCCGAUAGUUCUAGUUCCUCCUACUCAUCGCUUAGCGAUUUUGUCUCGGAAAUGGUUUCAUCGGAUCUCUCGCCGAGUUUACAUGAUGUCUUUGGCUCGCACAAUCGUCAACAUAAUGUUCCCAAAACCUUGUCCACAAAUUUAGAUCCUGCUCUGGUGUAUCAUCCCCCCAGCAAGUUGCAAUAUCCUGAGGGCAUGGUUGAACAGAUGUCUUCCAAAGAAGAUGAAGACGAUAGACCUGAAAGUCCCAUGUCUUCGUCGUCAAGUCGUUCGGAUUUGAGUUCGCCCAGUUUCAAUCGUGAUUCGGAAUUUGAUUUUCCCUCAAAACCUUUUGAGUUGGCAGCUCCAGUGGCGCAGCGUUUGGAAGCUACCAUAAAGGCGGCCAGUAUGGAGCAGGAAGCCGAAGCAAGCUCUGAUAUACGCAUAAAGACACCUGUGGCUAGUCAAGUUCCCAGAGCAACAAGUGAAAGGAGGAUACCGCCCCCUAUAACGCCGGUCAAACAGCCCAGUGUUACAAAUAUCUUAUCUCGCACCGGUAGCUCUGGUUCCAGCUCUAGUAGCCCAGGACGCCAAAGUUCCCAGGGUUCCUUAUUUGAGAAUAUAGCCUCUCAUGCCAAAGAUUUGGUGCGAGAAACUACCCGCCAAAGCAGUCAAGAGGGCAUUUUGGCCCACAUGGACAAGCGUUCUAUGGAUGACGACAUUGAAAUCGAUGAUAAAAUGCGUCACACAUUCGAAAAGCUAACUUUACAUGCCAAAAAGGCGGCCGGUGAGGCCUCUAAGCAGGCCUUGGAGGUGUCCAAGCAGGCGGCAGGGGUAAGCAAAAAUACUUUUGAGGACUUGAGCUAUGUUGGCAAAUCAACUUUGGGAGAUCUUACCAAAACUGCUAAAGAGGCGGCCAGCAAGAAGGGCCUCAUAAAGAUCGACGAAAAGACAGGAAUGGCAGUGGCUGGACCCGCUGGCAAUCAGGUGGCAACACCAAGACAAAUGAAUAAUCCCCCUAAUGCCCCAGGCGGGGGUAGUAAUUUCUUUUCGAAUAUAGGCACCGAUUUUAAUGGAUUGGCUUCAUCAACAUCGACCAUGUUUUCGGGAAUGUUUGGUGGUAAAAAAAAUCAACAAAAAACACCUCAACCUCAACAACAUCAAGGCCAAACAAUGGGUCCCAAGUCGAAGAGUGGCCUUGGCUUUGAUCCCUUCCCUGGUCGUAAGGGCUUGGUGGAGCGUACCCCUUUAAUAAAACAUUCCGGUCCUCACAAAACCCAAGAAGAUAUAACUCGGCAACAGAAUCAAGAACGCUCACAUAGUAAUGCGGAAAAUCAAGCAUUCCUUAAGGAUAUGACCAGUCAGGUUUUGGCUGGUGAGGGCAUAGGCUGGCUCAAGAUGAAUCGUUUUAGAAAACUAAUGGAGGAUGAAUCGUAUCGAACAUUGGUUCUAAGCAAACUCAAUAAGACAUUGGAUAAGAAGAUUGCUCCCGAUGAUCAUAUAGAUGAUAUGUGUGUUUCAAAACCUGUUUGGAAGGGCAUGCUGAAGUGUCUGCAGGCGGUUACCUCUGGCCUGGAGGUCACAUUUUCCAACUUUGGCUUAGGUGGUAUGGCUUCCGUUUUUCAAAUGAUGGAAAUUGCCCACACACAUUACUGGACUAAGGAACUCAAUGAUGCCAGCGAUAUGUCCUCUAGUCUCCUAUCUAGUCACGCCGCCAGUCCCAUGGGCAGUCGAGAAAAUUUGCGAUCACCUUCAAGUCCAAAUGGUUCACAUUCUGGUUUGGGCAGCGAAUGGGCUUCACCUCAAGAAUCUCGCAAAAGCUCUACGCAUACCGAUCGUUCGGGGCCCAUACACAUGAGCGGAAAUGUGGGUCAUUCAAGAAGAUUAUCUACAGCUGACAGUCAAGAUGGUCAAUCAACUACAGAAAUGUUUAAGGAUAUGCUGGCCCAAAAACGAUCGGCUUUACUAAGCAAAUUGACCUCUUUUGAUUCAGAUGCGGCUGGAUCUACGGGUGCCCUUUCAGUUGUCAGUGACCUAUUGCCCGUGGGUAGUUUGAAUGUACGUAUGCCAUCCAGUUGUCGGUCGACUGUUUCAGAUACUGAAUAUGAAAAUACAACCACUUCGAAGGAUUCGAAACGUAGUUCAGGCAAUAUUUGGACUGGUAAAUCCACUCUCAGCGCUGGUUUUCGCUAUACGGGUGGCCAUUUGAUAAAUACCUCGUCGUCGCCUUCUCCCGACAGUCCAAGAGUGUAUCUGUUUGAGGGGCUUUUGGGUAAGGAUCGCUCAAAUCUCUGGAAUCAAAUGCAAUUUUGGGAAGAUGCAUUCCUUGAUGCGGUCAGUCAGGAAAGGGAUAUGAUUGGCAUGGAUCAGGGUCCCAUUGAAAUGAUGGAACGCUACAAAGCACUCAGCGAUUCGGAACGCAAACGCUUGGAGCAUGACGAAGAUCGUCUAUUGUCAACAAUGCUGUAUAAUUUAACAGCCAUAUUGGUGAUGUUGAAUGUGAACAAGGAGGAAAUACGCAGAAAGAUACGAAGACUUUUGGGCAAGUCUCACAUUGGAUUGGUCUAUGCUCAGGAAGUUCACAAUGUUGUAGAUCAGAUAAAUAAUUUGAAUGGCAAUGACAUUGAUCUGAAACCCUUGGGUUCUAGACUUUUGCAUAGGCAAAGUUUUACCGUCCAUCAGGGUGUGGAUGCCUCGGGUCCUUUGCGUUUCAUGGAGGUACGUGAUGAUGGCCUGGUAUUGCGUUCUGUUGAUGGCACCAUAGUAGAACGAUGGUGGUAUGAACGUCUAGUUAAUAUGACCUAUUCGCCAAAGACUAAACUUCUAUGUCUAUGGAGACGUAAUGGUGGUCAAACUCAAUUGCACAAAUACUAUACAAGAAAGUGCAAGGAACUUUACAAUUGCAUUAAAGAAGCAAUGGAACGUGGUGGCACUCCCACCAAUGUCCCCGAAUUGGGCGGUGAAUUCCCCGUCCAGGAUAUGAACACAGGCGAGGGUGGCCUGUUACAAGUGUGCCUUGAAGGUGUUGGUUUGUUAUUUGCCAACAGCAAGUUUUUCGUUCGUUUGGAUCACAUACGAAAGUGUUUUACCCAAAAAGGCGGCAUAUUCGUAUUGGAGGAAUAUAAUCCAAAAACUCGACAGCUUAUACAACGAAAAUAUAAAUCUAAUAUGGCCGAUCAAAUCUGUUACUCGGUGCUAUGUGUCUUCUCCUAUGUGGCAGCGGGUCAAGAUCAAAAUCAAAAGAAGAAUCCUGUAGUCAUCACUCCCCAGAUUCAAGAUAUUCAUGCCCAGCAGAAACAACAACAACAGCAGCACCAACAACAUGCAACGGGGGCCGUCGUCCAGGGAGCAGCCCCAGGUUUGACUCCCAAGACUUCACAUUUACCUUCCCAGCAACAGAACAGCAAUCGACAACAAACCAUAACAAUACGUCAUACCCAGCCCAUGCAAAAGCCCAGCAUAACAACAUCUGUGGUACAGCCUCAGUCACGUUUGGUGCAUACGAAUGCCAAGACCCACACCACACCUACCACCACUAUAUCGGCUUCAAGCAAUAAGGCCCCCUUGCAACAGCAGCAGCCACCACAAUACAAAGCAACUACAUCGGAGAAAUCACCUGGCCAAACUAAGUCACAUCCUCCUUUGGCGGCACGCAAGAGUAGCGGUGCUUCACAGCCGGGUCCUCUGCCCCAACUUCCGCCACGCCUGGCUUCGCAGACCUCAACGGAGAGUGUAGCCACUUCACCCACCCCCUCGACAGGUUCAACGGGACGCAGCUCACGAGGCCCUCCACCAGGGCCACCGCCUGCCAUACCACCACGCACUGGGGCCAUAGCUCGCAGUGGCUCAGUGCAGCAGCAUUCCACAAUGCCCGGACCCAGACCAUUUGUACGCCAAAUCUCCACCAAUUCAACACCACCCCAAUAUACACCUCAACCACCGCCAGCAUUUGUCAUACCAAAGCGUCAUACCACCAUGCAGAGAGCUUCUUCCAUGGCCACACCGAAUCCAACGAUUAUCAACACUGCCGCCCUUUUCACCACCUGCAUAACAGCGGGCACCGCUUCUGCAGCCACCUCAGCAGCACCUUCGACCACACCCUCACCAUCAUCAUUGCCCUCGCCAGCAAAUCUGCAAAAGCGGCCGUCCUAUGGUAGCGUAAGUCUGGGUUCCUCACUCUCAACAUCGCCUAGCUCAAAUAACGGCAGCAGCUCGACAUCGCCUCAGGGUCCACGCAAACACUGACGAAGGAGUUCCUUUUUCAAAAUUGUCGGCAUAGGGAGCGGGAAGGAUAGUUGGAAAGACAGUGGGAAAGAGAGUGGAAGUCAAAAAAAUGAUCGUCGCAACAGUUCUGCUGGUGGUGGAGGUGGAGGUCGUUCCGGUGAUGAACCACAUACCAGGGAAGCUUGUCGCUCCAUGUGUUUACCUUGGCUUUAGAAGCGAAACAGUUCAAAUAACUAAAAAACAAACACAACAACCAUUUUGUCAACAAGCUUUCCAACUACUCACUUCAAAGUUCAAAGGGUAAUUUGUGCAACUCAGAGAUCAAGAUUAGAUAUUUGAAUCCUAAAAAAAACUAAAUUUUCAUUCAUAAUUGACCUUGCGCUUCUACCACUCUUCCACAGGGCGCUGGACACUUGCGGUGUGGUCGAGUCACCGUCAGAUACUUCCCCAGCUGCUGCUGUCGAAGUUUCUUUUGAAUUUCUUCAUUUACAGCUAGCACCCAUCUUGAGGCUUAUCCAACGGAAUGAUCCACUCAUAAAGCGCUUGUCGGAUCCCGUCCCGUUUCCUAGCUUUUGAUGGCGUAAGGGGAUUUUUUCCCUGAAAUCUAGGGCGAUAAGACUUGAGCAACAACUGCUGAAGCGUCUUCAGAAUCCCCAGUCCCAGUCCUCGCUUUUUCACUUUAAGCCUUACCUUAUUGAAUCCGACACAACUCAUUUCGACUUGUUGGGAUCUAGUACGAAUGCUGCCUGUCUCCGAUUCCCAUCAGCGUCAUCCAAUAAACUAUACAAAUCUUUUAUCUGGUGGUUGAAAGAUUCGGAUUACAGUCUCUCAAGAAUGGAUUUGGCAUCUGAAGGAUGCGUGUGACCUUUUUUGGGACUCAACAGCACAUGCCGAUUGAGCGUUAAUCUCCAAUCAUAUUAGUUUGAAUUGUUCACUAGGUUACCACAGCCUUUUGGCUGACUGCUUUAACGUUGCCGAAUUUGGACAUUUACUGUCCGAGCAAGCCUGACCAGCUAUAAUUUCCGGAGCCUCUAUCUUUAUUAGAAAGAGUCUUAGGUUCCGUCGCACCAAGCCUACCAAUAAACUUGAAAGUAGGGCCUCUUUUUUUUGCCUCUUCGAGGCGCCUAUGUUUUUGCAAAUUCCAAAUGGCGGGCACGCAGUCUAUAUCGGUAUUGUCCUCAAGACGCGAACCAGGUAUCUUCUUCAGAAGUCGCCUAUCGGCUAGUAGGUUCACUCCAUAAGUCGAGGUUUCAAUAUCAGACAACAUACUACGACCUGAUUCCACCAACUCAGCUGUUUGCUCUGUGGAGUCCAUGCUAAGACUACUCUAGGGUUUUAGAUCUUCCGCGGCCAUCAAUCGCUUAGAGUAAAAUGCUGUUGUUUAUGUGCCUUUACGAGAUAAGCCUCUCAAUGGUUCAAACAACGACUCUAGGUCAAGAAGUCAUUUUUUGUAGGGGUUUACAAGCAUUAUCAAACAUUAAAAGCAAUUUAGAAAUCGGAAUGCAAAUGCAUAUUUGGACCAAACAAAAUUUCAAAGGACCGAAAUUAGGCGCAGCAGCUAUUUCAAAGUGAAAUUCCAUAAAUUUUCCUUUAAUUGCAGAUUUAUUUUAACUUUGUUGUACCCACCUCAACAUCUUUGUACUCCACUCACAGGCUCAAACAAUAAUAAUCGUCUAAUAGAAUACCACAUACAAUUGCCUGCCAAAUCUGAAGAAACAGUUGCCGAAUGAAGUCAUACCCUGGUAUCGGAUUGGCUUAUUUACAAUCCCAACAUCAUUCGAAUGUUAGCUUCCUUUCGUCAGAUGGACAGAUAUGGCUUUGGUAUCGCAUUCACACCUAUGUGCCGGAGUCUAUAAGUCACGAAUGAUGUGUAACGACAUAGGAAAUGUUGAAAAAUUAAUUAAAUAAACUCGCUCAACCACUCUCCCAUUGCCUUAAGUAUCACAGCAGCAGUAGCGGCCUCAUACUUAAUCUGAUGGCUAUGAGCCGGAUAUCAAGAAUAGUCUUCAGAAGGCGUGGUGAUAUGUCAAGACAACAAUUUCUCUGAACCUCUUGUUAUAUACUUCUGUUGAAUUUUUCCCAUUGCAGCCCACCAAACUAUUGAGGCGUGAGUAGGUAUUAUUCUACACAUACUCCUUUAGAACCAGUGGACUGUCUGUGGAUUCAAGCCUCAUUACGAGCCUACUGUCCAUUUACAUAUUUUUUAUCAUACGUGAGCCUUCUCAGUACGCUUCAAGAUAGGAUAUUUCUUAUCCAAGAUCACUCCUAAGUGUUUGACAUUCUCCGAUAAUGGAUUUGUUAGGCUGAAAAAUUGUGGCGACUCUAAUUGAUGCACUUUUGUCCUUCACUUAUACAGGCAGGUCUCAGUCUUCGCUGGGCUUAUGUUUAGACCCCUUGAUCUAGAUCAGUCCCAUACCAUUUCCAAGACCCUUUACUCUUGGUUAGUUAUUGAAUUCAAAUAAUAGGUUUAGGUUGUCAGUAGAAUGAUUUAGUUUUCCCGAAUUUCAAUGGCAUGGAGCUUCAUCUCUUUGUGAAGAAGUUGUUUAUAAAUACUGCUAGCUUUUAGUGAGAGGAUGACUGAAAAACUGUGCUGAUGUUCUUGCCUUGACUCAAACACAGCAUAAAGGCCGACAAGCUAUAAUACAGUUCACAGGGGCAUCUGUUGUUGUGACCUCCAUACAUAAGUCUAGACAUUCUUAAAUACCAUGUGUAUUGCGUUUUUGGAAUUUAAGGAAAUGUUUACCUUUUCGAUUAUGAAAAGUCAAACUUUUAAACUUUGCAACUUUCUCAAAUAGGUUAAAUGCGGCCAUUUACAAUUUUCGAAAGUCCACUUUUAACUUUAUAAGUCAAAGGCCUGCGCAAGAACAUUUAUUUCUGCUUUCAAGACACACUGACAAUCAUAGAGUAUUUCAAGAACUAAACUCUUCGUUCAAAACUACAACAUUGCAUGAGACAAUAGAGAACUGAGUAAAACCGAUAACAAGACACAAAGACAACGAGACAAUGAGAUGAGUGAAUAUGAAAAGAGCCCUUCAGCAAAAAGAAAGAUUGAUCCAGAAUUCAGUGAGUGCAUGUUGAACAAUGCUUCAGAUAUAGUACCAUUCCUCUUGUCGUUUGCUUUCGUAGUACGAAAUUCGACGAAGGCAACGUGGUUGAUUUGGCAAAAGCAAGGGUAAACACACACAAACACACGGCUAUUUUUUUUACCCUCCACCAUAAGAUGGUGGUAUACAAAUUUCGUCAUUCCGUUUGUAACAUAUCGAAAUAUGCGUCAAAGUCCCCAGAAAUCAUAUAUAUUCUUGAUCGCCAUCACAUUUAAGUCGAUCUAGCCAUGUCUGUCCGUCUGUCGAAAGCUUUCGUACUUUCGAACGAGUAAAGCUAGGCGCUUAAAAUUUUGCACAAAUAUUUCUUAUUAGUAUAGGUCAGUUGGGAUUGUAAAUAGGCCAAAUCGGUUCAUGUUUUAAUAUAGCUGCCAUAUGAACCGGUUUUAACUUCUUGAGCCUAUAGAGGGCGCAAAUCUUAUCCGAUUUGGAUGAAAGUUUUCACAUUGUGGUUUGGUAUCACUUCUAACAACUGUGCUAAAUAUGGUCUAAAUCUUUUUACAACCUGAUAUAGCAACUAUAUAAACCGAUCUCCCGAUAGACUUCUUGAGCUUCUAGAGAACGCAAUUCUUAUGCGAUUUGGGUAAAAUUUUGCACAAAUACUUCUUAUUAGUAUAGGUCGGUUAGGAUUGUAAAUGGGCCAAAUCGAUCUUGGGUCCUGAGUUCUUAAGCCUCUAGAGGGCGCAAUUCUUAUCCGAUAUGGCUGAAAUUUUGCACAUGGUGUUUUGGUAUCACUUAGACUUAUUGAGCUUCUAGAGGGAGCAAUUCUUAUCUAAUAAAAGCGUGUAAGAAGAGAAAUAGUUUGCAAACGAUUUGUGUGAUCAGUUAUUCUAUUAAAAAUAACAGCAAGACGCUUUCCUGUACAGCGAGUACAGUGAGUAAUUUCUCAUAUCACACUGUAGCGGCGAUGAAUUCAAGAUAAAAAUACUCCCAUACACUGAAUGGAGGUUGUUUUUCAGAUUUAUAUACUCAACAGCAAGUUGUUCGUUUUACUCUAUCUUCAGUAGUCUUGAAAUACAACAUCUUGCGGGUUCAGCGUUGAUGAGUUCAACAAAAACAGUCACCAACGAAAGGUUUUGUGCAGGCCUUUGUUAUAAGUCGAUUUUCCUAAAUCGACUUUUUGCAUUCAUUGGAAAAUUUCUUCCUUGUUAAUUAGCUGCACAAAAUUUUAUAAACAUUUGAAUGAUUUCUGGAAUACUUGAUCUACUGGUGGAGCGAAUAACAACCCAUAAAGAAAUUAAUUCAUAUCUUACAUGAAAAUAAAAUGCUUUAAGUCUCAAGAAACAAAUUCAUGCUUAUACAUACAUACCUAAAACACAUUUUGUUAUAAUUAUUGUACCUACAUAUUUAUUAUUAUGACAAGUAUUAUCACUAUAAACAGGAUAGCAACAGAAUUGUUUUUUUUUUAAUUAAGAUUAAAAAGUUAUUUGUUAAAAGUUUUACAUACAGAAGACGAAAUCUUUCAUAAUUGAGAAGAAAAAUUGAUUGGUUAAUACUUUUACAUUUAAUAAUUGGAUCCCUCUUUAUAGAGAACGAAAAUUAGUAUGUUGAUAGUUUUCUCAUAAGAACAACAAUCAUGAAAGAGGGUAUGCUGUAACAGUUUUAAAAGAACUGAAGAAAAAAAUUGAUAUACAAAACAAGUUCAUCGAGCAUCAGUUAACAAUGAUAUCUCACUCAGUCUCACAACAAUUUACCAACAACUAGUAAAAACUCUCUUUUUUUGGUACACAUUUCAUAAAUUAUUGGAAGAAAUCCAUAAUGGGCGUUUUGAAGAUAACCAUAUUACAUCCCUAUAACUCUUAAUCUAUUAUUACAUUCAAUAACCAUUAUUUCAUUCUCUCUCUUUCUCGUUGAAUCUAUACUAAUAUUUUGUUUUGCUCUAAAGACUAAUUGCAUUUUAAACUAUUGAAAACAAAGUUUGCCCUAUCUGAUUAAUAACAAGAAGAAUACCAACUAUGUAUGUACUUUACUGACUAUAACUAUAUUACAACAUAAAACUUGUCCUUGAAAAGCUUUAACCACACAAACAAAAAAUAAUAAUAUUCAAUAACUUUUGAGAAAUUUAAGUUAAUAUAUAAACUACAAUAAAUAAAAUAAACUACUAACUGAUUCGUAUUGUAUGUAAAUCGAUGUAUGAAUGUUGUAUAAAUGUUUUUGAUGUAAUAAAUUCCUAUUAAAAUAUAGAAACAGAAUGGAUAAGAUGUAAUGUGUGCAAUAAAUAAUUGCAAUUUUCAAAAAGCAAAUAUAAAUGUAAAAACAAAAACACUAAUGAAAUAAUUAGAGAUUUGUGUACACAUAAUAAUGAAAUACCAAAAAGUAAUCAGCAACUAUGUACACUUAACGAAACAGAUAAACUCCAGAACUUUAAAUAAAUGGCAAUUGAAGGCAAUCUAGGUAGGGAAUGUUUGUAUUAAUAAACAAAAAACUCUAAAACUAAAUUCAUAGACAAAAACAAAAAAUACAUUUGCAUAUACAUUGUUCAAUACAAUAAAAUUAAUGAGAACAAAACAACACAUAUUAACAAUAAAAUAAAUUAUUUAGUUACAUGCGCAAACGCAAAACGAAGAAAGAAAAUGGAAAAAAUGAAAUUUAUAUUGUAGUUUUUCUGGGAGUGUAAAGAAUUUUUUUAUAAAUCAGGGAAACUAUUUUUCGGCGGUUCAAACAACAUAAACUACAAUACAAAUUUUAUGUUCAACAUUAAGCAUAAAAAAUGUUAAUUUCAAAUAGAUAAAGUUACAUGAACAAAUAAUGAAUAACUUGGGCAGAAAUAAAAAAAGAAAAUAUUUUUCCGGUAAUACAAAAUGCUGUGAAUAACAAUGAGAUUUGGAAGAAAUCAUAUUGGUAAGAGAAUAAGAAUUGAUUUAAAAAAAAUAUAUAAAUAUUGUUGAGGACUUAUAAAUAGUGUCCACAUUUCUUUAACAACCCAAUGAAGCGGCUAUUCAUAGUUGUUCAAUGAAAGAACGAACACAAAAUUUAAAAUCGAAAAUUUGCACAAAAGGUAGAACAGUAAAAUAUGGAAAUGUUUAAAAUUUUCAAAAGAAUAAUGAAAUUUAUUAUUUAAAAUAAUUUCUUCUCAUAACUGCAACUUGCAUUUUCUGAACUCACAUUGAAAAUGAUACCAAAUUUCAUUGUUGUACAUUUUUAAAGUAUUACCUAAAACGACAAUGAGAUAAAAAAUCAUCUACAAUAUACGGAUAGUUAAUAAUCUGGUGUUUAAAUGUAUCUAAAAUAAAGUAUCAAGUAAACAAAAUUAGUACAAUAACUUAAUAUCAAACACAAAUAAAAACAAUAAUAUUUUAUUUGUCUUAAAACAGAGAAAUUUUUCGCUCUAAAUUCAGUUUUAUUUAGUUUCUUAUGUUUUACUUAUAACUACUUUCAGUUUGAAUAACAUUCACACCAGUCCUUAUACUGAAUAUACCAGCGCCUCUUUGAUAGGCAUCAUCUUUGUUUAAAACUACAGUGUACAAAAUAUGCUUUAACUAAUUUUUACAAUAUUUUAUAUUACGUUUUAAAAGAUUUGUUUUUUAUUUUUUGAAUAAAUAAAAUUUAUCGAUUCAGGUAAUAAAAUUAUUUAUGAUAAAUACAGGAAAAGAUA